UACUCUCAUAUGUUGAAUCGUUUGUAUUAUAUAAUUUGUAAGUCUUAAAUGGAAUUUCCCAGUGAUUUUUCCAAUGUGCUCCAUAUAUAGGAGUUUAGCUCUGACAAGGAAUCUGAGGCCGCUUGGAAAGCUUUUUGUGCCUGCAUUUGAGAAUGUAAGGUCACGUUUUAUUCAACUCUCAAGAGGUCCGUUGCUACAUGGCGAAUACGAAUUUAAAGACCCAAAAUCUCCAGAUGAAGUGGUAAAUAUAACAUAUAUAGAUGCUAAAGGAGAGAGACAUGAUGUUAAAGGAAAAGUUGGUGAUAAUGUUAUGUACUUGGCUCAUCGAUACAAUAUCCCAAUAGAAGGUGCUUGUGAAGCAUCGUUGGCCUGCUCUACAUGUCAUGUCUAUGUCAAGGAGGAAUAUUUCGACAAGUUAGAUGAACCUGAUGAAAAAGAGGAUGAUAUGCUUGACAUGGCUCCAUUCUUGCAGGAGAAUUCGAGACUAGGCUGUCAAAUAAUUCUCAGUAAAGAUUUAGAAGGGCUUGAAGUUACUCUUCCAAAAGCAACAAGAAACUUUUAUGUUGAUGGACAUGUUCCUCAGCCACAUUAACCGUGGACACAGGAAGCCCAGAAAUGUAGACAGAUAAAUAUUAUACUUGUAUAUUUGGAAUCAACUAAUGUGUAUUUUUUGUUGUACAAAAGUGCUCAUGACACAAAAUGUUUGAUUUUGAAAAUAGUAUUUAUUUAAUAUGAAGUGAAUACUGUAAAACUGGGUGCAGUCUUCGUACUUAAGAGAAAAUUUAUUAUGCAUCAAGAAUAGUACUAUUAUAAGUAACUAUAACACAUUCAAAAGGAGAAAACUGCUAGAAAGGACCACAAAAGCUAUUUAAUCAUUAGAUUAGCAUAUUGUGAGGUCUACGAACUUAUAAGGGAUCUAAAGGCUUUUAAGCCUUAAAAGACCCUUUUGAUGACAGAAGAGUACAUAGGCUGUUUACAAGUAGAGACAUCAGCUUCAAAAUCUCAUCUCAUGUACUAUUAGCAACAUAAAUUAUAGAGAGUUUUAGAUUCACGUUUACUGCAAAUGCAAGUGUCAAAUUUGCUUGUUAUGCUUUGUCUCAAAAUUUCAAACAAAUGUAAAAACGCUUCAAAAGGAAUAGUGAUGUGCUUAUGUAUGAAAAAGUGAUCUAUUUUAUACACAAUCACAAAAGAACGGAGCGUUAAAACAGAAAAACAGUGAUCACGUGAUCAGUUUUGACGUUUGGCGUUUGGCGUAAACACUCUCUAAUAAUGAUUUGCAUCACACUUACCUUAAGGCAAUGGCAUGCAAAGGUAUAGAGUUUAAUUGUUUCUGAAAGCAACUUGACGUCACUGACUUUGUUACAGAGACCUGAAACACACAAUCCAUGGAUUUGAAAGAGAAUAAAUGCUGAAAGUGAGAA